AUAGUGUUGUCAAGUUGUAGGUAAAGAAGCAUAAUAUGACUAAUAGUAAUAUAUUAUAUUGGUGGUUGUUGAUUUUGUUCAUGGCAAAUGGAUGGUUGUGUUGUUAUUGUUGUUUGAAUGAAGAAAAGACUGCUCUUUUGCAACUCAAGGCAAACAUAAACUACAGCACACGCGAUGAUUAUUUGUCAUCGUGGGAGGCUAAUGAAACCUCGGAUUGUUGUCAAUGGGAGGGAAUUGUUUGCAGCAACAUCACCAGAAGAGUCGUAGAGUUGUCCAUUAUUGCUAAGAAAAUUAGUCAAGAAGAACAACUUAGAACUCUUAAUGGUACAAAUACUGAUGAUAUUUUGAAUAAUUGGCUUUUUAAUGCAUCUCUAUUUAUUCCCUUCAAAAAUCUCAAAGCUUUGAACAUACCUGGACAUUCAUUGGCAGGCUGGGUGAAGAAUGAAGGUUUCGAGAAACUGAGGAAACUAGAAAGACUUGACUUGUCGGGGAAUAAGUUCAACCGCAGCAUCUUUCAGUCUCUUAGUCAGCUUUCAUCUCUCAAGUCACUGAACCUAUCAAGUAACAACAUUGCACCACGUUCCGAGAUGUGGUUCACAGACAACAAAAUUGGAUCAGGUUCUGAGAGAUUGUCAGGGUUAGACAAGCUGGAAAUCCUAGAUUUGAGCUAUAACAAUCUAGAGGAUGAAAAUGUUCUCUCUGCUCUAGAGUUGAAUACAUCUAGAACGACAUUGAAGAAGCUCGAUAUAAGGUACAACAGAUUCCAGAGUUUUAUACCAAAUGAAGAGUUGGGAGCUUUAAGAAAUAUAGAGUACUUAUUGUUGGAUGGAAACACAUUGGAUGAGAACUUUCUGCGGAGCAGUGGUGUCAUGUCAUCUCUUAAAGUAUUAUCAGUAGCUCACUGUAACCUCAAUGGAACUCUACCACUUCAAGGCUUGUGUGAUCUAAAAUAUCUUGAAGAACUAAGUCUCAGCAGAAACAGCUUCAUUGGAAAACUCCCUACAUGUCUUGGAAACUUAGCGUUUCUUCGAGUAAUUGAUCUCACUCAAAAUCAGUUUACUGGAAACAUUGCUUUAUCUCCAAUUUCAAGUCUCCUGUCCCUUGAAUACCUCUUGAUAAGAAACAACAACUUUGAGGUACCAAUUUCAUUCGAGUCAUUUGCUAACCAUUCAAAACUUAAGUUUGUCAUUGCUGACUACAACUCAGUAAUUGUACAAACUACUUCUAACAGUUGGAUCCCAAAGUUUCAAUUAGAAGCCUUAUCUUUAUUCAACUGCUCUCACAUGCCAAACUUUCUUCAUUCUCAACAUCACUUGAGACUUCUUCGUCUCUCGAAAUGCAACAUUGGUGGAGACUUUCCAAAUUGGUUAUUAGAAAACAAUCCUAAACUUGGAGAAGUUUACUUGGAUGGAAAUGCAUUCACUGGAUCUCUUCAAUUGCCAUUACUUCCUAAUCUGAAAGCUUUCGAUAUCUCAAACAACAAGAUUCGGGGGCAACUUCCUACUAACAUUGGGUCCAUUUUCCCGAAUCUCGUGAUAUCAACAAUGUCCAACAAUAUGCUUGAAGGCUUGUUGCCUUCAAGUUUUGCUGACAUGAAAAACCUCGAAUGCUUGGAUUUGUCAUACAAUAAGUUAAAAGGAGAGCUACCGACAAGAUUGGCUCGUAAAGGAUCCAAGUUAUAUUUACUGAGAUUGUCGAAUAACAUGUUGAAAGGGGAAAUAUUUCCAGUUUCAGCCAACAACAACAAUUUCCAAUACUUAUACUUGGAUGGGAACAACUUCUCCGGCCCAAUUCCACAGACGUUAUCCACUGCUCCUUUACGUACAUUGGACUUGAGUUACAACAAAUUGUCAGGCUUGAAGGACUUAAGGUGUUAGAUAUCUCUAAAAACAACCUUGUUGGUGUGAUUCCAUCAUGUUUUAGUAGUUUCCGAGACUUAAAACAUGUGUAUUUGAGCAAAAACAAGUUACAAGGGGAAUUCAACAUGUUCUCAAACUCAUAUUUAAAAGUGU